AUAGAAUACUUCAGAUGGCAUACUCUUAAUCCUCGGCACGAGGAAUGGGCGAUAGAGAUGUAAAACAUUAGCCGAUAGCAAGUAUGAGGGGGCCCGAUGACCCACUCCUGCGGUGUGAGAGGUCUGAAGUGGAGUUGAUGUAAUGAACUAGUGACGACAUAAGAAAAAUCACUACGUGAUUGUGCGGGAAGAGUAAAGUGAGAAUAAUUCGGCUUGAAGAUCCAACGAAUGCAUUUCGAUAUAUUCAGUCUUGCCCGAGGCAAGGGCAGUCUCAUACAUUAGACAGUUCGCAGUUGAUGCCUCACUAUAGGGAAUGGUAGUAGGAGGCCGUCCGUCACGUCGUGUUCUAGAAUUUUUGCAUGCUGAGGCUUACGUAAGGAGUUGUCACGCUUGCCUGCAGCGACAUCAAUGCGUUGUGCCUUGUUAAUCCUGCUAGCCAACUUCGCGUUCUUUAGGCACUCAUUUGCUAUUGAUGUACAAGGCAGUAUAGCUUGGAAUACACACUGCCCAGAUAUAGCUUCUCUCCAUCCUCAACCAAAGAUUGUUCUAGAUGGAGGGCGCUACUCAGCUAGAGUACGGAAAGAUGGCGGAUUUACCUUUUUUAACGUCGAACCUGGUGCCUACCUCCUUGAAGUGCUGGCUAGGGAUCAUGUCUUCGAUCAGCUGCGGGUUGACAUCCUUGACGAGUCGUUAUUGUCGCAAGAUUUGGGGACCACACCUGCAGAGGAAAAUGUGCCUGCGUCUCUAAGCGUCCAAGUACGACCGUUUCUCCCUGGGACCCCAUUUUCUCCCUCCCCGCCACAUCAUCCUCUGGCAUACCCAAUCCUGCUGGUCCCGCUCCAACGCAAAGAAUAUUUCGCGCUUCCGGAUGGCUUUGAUGUGAUGUCAAUGCUGAACAAUCCGAUGGCAAUGAUGAUGGUUUUCGCUUGCAUUACACUGUUCAUUCUUCCAAAGGCCAUGCAAAACAUGGAUCCCGAAAUGCUGAAGGAGAUGUCUGAGAGACACGGUCGUAUCAUGAAAAUACAAAGCGACUUACACCAGGGAGACUUCAGCGGGAUCGCUUCUGGUGUUAUGGAGGAUGUUAAUAGAGGGGCGGCAAAGACGGACGAGCGCUGCCCGCCUCCCAAGAAAGCAAACCCAGCACCCGUAUCCUCUUCGACUUCCUCCAGCAAGAAGCAAACAUCGAAACGGAGGCGAUGAGGAUACACUUGUUUUUCUGCUCGUCGGUAACCUCGUUGCAUCCACACAAAGGAUCCGCGUUUGGCUGCUAAUUCUAUUAUCCUACUGAGGAUUUUACAAACGCUGUCCUUUGGUACCCGGCCGUGUCUUUCAUGUGGUCCAGCUGAAGUCUGCAAGUUCUUCGGAUAACCUGCCUGUGGGGUUUUGAACGUGGUGUGUUUGUUUUCUGAGUAGCCUUGAAUUGCAUACAGGACACUGGCAUGCUUGAAUAUCAUAUCCCCUGUGUUCAUUUCCGACUGCUGUACUUUGGUCUCCCUUCUCCCUCAUCGGUCACGCGAAGUCCCAAAUUUUCGACAUC